AUUUAAGAAAAUAUUUACAACAAAAUCAUAACCAACUUACAUGGAAACAAAGAAUCAACAUAAUUGAAAACAUAAUUAAUGCAGUUUUAUAUCUUCAUUAUGAAAAUUCUAUACAUAGAGAUUUGCAUUCAGGAAAUAUAUUGUAUUCCGAAUAUACUGGUGAAUGGUAUAUUAGUGAUUUUGGAUUUUGUGGACCUGCUGAUAAACCAUUAGAAAGUAUAUAUGGAAAUCUUCCUUAUAUAGCGCCUGAAGUUAUUAAUGGAAAAGGAUAUACAUUUGCAUCAGAUAUAUAUAGUAUCAGUAUGCUCAUGUGGGAGAUUUCAUCUGGACAACCACCUUUUGCUUAUUAUGACCAUAAUAUUGAUCUUGUAAUGAAAAUAAUUAAUGGAAUGAGACCAAAUAUAGUUUCAGGCACUCCAUUAGAAUAUAAGAAAUUAAUAGUACAAUGUUGGAAUGCUGAUCCAUUGAAGAGACCCGAU